AUGGGAUUUUUUAGUAUACCUUCGUGUCCAACAUGCGUUCGCCGUUUAGCUGGAGGGGCACUUCAACAAAUUCGGGGCAAGAAAAGAACCCGGAAGGUGCCCACCAUUAAAGUCCAAUUGACGAGGGAUGUCCCGAGAUUUGGAGAAAAGGGUGCGAUCACUCGGUGGAUAACCUGCGGCGUAAAAGGGAGUCAACUAACAGCUCGCAGGGACUGUCCUACAAAUACCAAAAGGGAGAAUGAGAGGUAUGCCGGCGUUGGCUCCCUCCUGUAAUUGAGCUUCUGCUAACGAUUGUAGGGGAUUGGUAUACUUCGGUUCCCCGUUCGAAUUCAAUUCCUCAUUCCACUCAUAGCCUGUCGAUGGCCGAGCCGGUCCGGGUUCUUUGGCUCAUUAUUUUCAAUUGUAUCCAGGUUUCCCAAGGGGAUAGCGGACUAUAUUCCUAGACACAUGCUGAAGAGAAUGCCGGCUGGGGCCCUCAAGCACCGUGAUCCCAUGUUCAUGAACGCUAAGGUUGAGAAGAAGAAGCCUAAGGUCGUGAUCGAAUUACUUACAGUGAGUUCAUCCGUGUUAGGUCAAUACUGGGCUGUGCUGAUCUUGUUGCUGCUAGCCUACACAAACAAUUGCACUUCUUGACUCAUUUAUUCCCCCGAACCUCAUGUUCUCCCGCUCCACGAUCGCCCCGAACGAGCCUGCUAUUCACGGCUCAGUUACACUCACCGAUAUCGCAACCGCUGUAAGGAAUAUUGCUGCAGCGAACGGGAAAGAGGGAUCACGAAUCGUGGUCGGUCCCGAAAAUAUCAGGUUUGCAGGUAAGGACGUAGAGGGGGACAAGCUUAAGUCACUAGGAACGUUUGAUUUCGAGAUCAGCGUGAAGGGAGCGAACGACUUUGUAAGACGGAAGGUCAUGGUUGUGGAGCAAGAGGAGGUAUAGAAAGGAAGAAAAAUAGAUGGCCCCGUGGGGCGGCGAUCAGGUCCAUUGGGAUCACCUUCACUUUUCUCUUCCCUACAAAACCCGGCCCGCCCUGCCCUCCGCCCCAUGUCCCACAUUGGGGAGACCAAAAACUAUUUGAUAAGUGUAUGAUAUAUGCACCCAAGAUAUCUUACACAUUAUUUGUACAAAAGCUGUGUCGUUGUCUCAGUUUGUUUUCUCAGAAUUGGGGCUGUUGUACUCGUACUCGUACUGCACAGCGCAGCACAGUGCAUGCUACACUGGUACUGUACCAUACUCUUAUAAGCAUCAGGCAGCGGCAUAGAUCUCGCCCUGUAUCAAGACGUGGGGGAGAUGUUUUAGGAGGAAAUUUUACGUUUAUCAGGACGAGGGUAAGUCACAUCGCAUCGCCCUUCUCCUUCCCCCGCCGAGAUACGGCACGCUCAUCCCACCGGCCAGCUGAAGAAAUAAGCCGGGGAAAAAAUGGGAUGAGACGGUUUACGUACAUAACUAC